AUGUUUAAUCAACUUGGAGGUGGUAACAGUAAUCCUAACAAGGAUGUGGAGGUAGCGUCUCCGCCGGAGGAUACAGUUUCCGCUCUAGAGUUCUCUCCACCUUCAGUUCCGCAGACAUUCUUGGUAGCCGGCAGUUGGGAUUGUCGAGUAAGAUGUUGGGAGGUAGAAGCUUCCGGAAAAACUGUUCUAAAGGCGGUCCAGGGGAUGGAUGGGCCGAUACUGGAUGUGGCGUGGCAUGAUGAUGGAAGCAAAGUUUUCAUGGCAUCAACUGAUAAGAGUGUGAAAUGCUGGGAUCUAGCCAGCAACCAGACCAUGCAAGUGGCAGCACAUGACGCGCCGGUGAAAACCUGUCAUUGGAUCAAGGCUCCCAACUACACCUGCCUCAUGACGGCCUCAUGGGACAAAACUCUCAAGUUCUGGGACACAAGAAGUUCGGUGCCAAUAAUGACUAUGAACCUCACCGAACGCUGCUAUUGUGCUGAUGUGGACUAUCCUAUGGCAGUUGUGGGUACAGCCGACAGGGGUAUAUGUGUAUAUACUCUGGAAGGAAAACCGGCAGAGUUCAAACGAGUGGAAUCACCUCUGAAAUACCAGCAUCGAUGCAUCGCCAUCUUCAAAGACAAGAAGACCAAACAGCCGACUGGUUUCGCGCUUGGCAGCGUGGAAGGCCGCGUGGCCAUCCAAUAUGUAACCCCCGCCAACCCUAAAGAUAACUUCACAUUCAAAUGCCACCGCUCUGCUGGCACUACAGCCGGUUAUCAAGACAUCUAUGCGGUCAAUGACGUGGCAUUCCAUCCAGCCCAUGGCACUCUGGCCACGGUGGGGUCAGACGGUUCAUUCUCGUUCUGGGAUAAGGACGCCCGCACCAAGCUCAAGUCAUCUGAAUUGAUAGACCAGCCGCUAACAAAGUGUGCUUUCAACCAUAAUGGACAAAUUUUUGCAUAUGCAGUGGGAUAUGAUUGGUCUAAGGUCAGUAUUUACCAACUUCAAUUGGGUCAUGAACACUACAACCAAGCAAAGAAGAAUUAUAUCUUCCUGCGGCCAUGCUACGAGGACCUCAAGCCACGAUCCACUUAG